AUGUGGACGGUACUCUUUGGUGACGAGGAAGACGAUACUUGUACGCCGCCUCGUGACGCUGUAAAGACGCACAUGACGUCACUGUCUCCCCAAGACGCGACGCCGGCCGUGACACCGUCGCCUUUGGAUCAAAUGCCGCCGUUAACGCCUUCUCCUUGUCCAUCUUUAGCUCGAGAUCGACACGUGAUUGUCACGUCGGAGGAUACACAAAGCAGUGAGAAGAUAGAGGACUCGGCAAUGACGAUGUUAUUGAAGAGAAUGAACAAUUUAAUGGUCAAAGUGGGUCAACAUGAGUUUGAGAAGAAGACGCUCGUUGAUCAGAUGGAGAAGGAGAGGAAGGUGUUGAUUGUGCAGAUUCAAGACUUGGGGCAACAGGUGGAGGAUUUGAAGGACCAAAAUGUACAGCUUCAGUACCAAAUUGAGUAUACUUCCGAACCAAUGCUGAUGGAGAGAGUGCAGGAUAUUACUGACAUGCGUGACGCAUUGGCUGUUGUGAAGAAACAAUUGGAGGCGGAGCUUCAGGAGAAGGAAAAGGAGUUGAAAAGUGCACUGGAGACUAACAAAAAGCUUAGUGAACUGCAAGAAAAGUAUGAAACACAGAUUGAUGACUUGACAGCGGCGUGUGAAGCUGCAAAGCAAGAGACAGCGGAAGCUGUUCGUCUGGCGAGUGACGCUGCUAGUGCGAAGUAUGAAGAGCAGCUGAAACACAAGGAGGUGGCACUGCAGACAGUCACGGAGAUGAAGGAGACGCUAGAAGCAUCCGUGACUGAGAAAGAACAAGCUCUGGAUGUAGCUAAAGCUGCAACGGUAGAAAUGCAAAAGAAUCUGGAGGAGGUUCGAACUCGCAGUGAAGUGGACGUAAAAGCACUUAAGCAACUUCAUCAGAAGCUCGAGGAGGUUGCUUGUGAGCAUGAGCAGAAAUUGCAGCAAUUGCAAGACGAACAUCACCAGAAGGUGGCAGCUUUGGCGAAGCACGCACAGGAACAGAAGGCGUUUGCUGCCAGUAAGGCGCAGGAGCUGGAAGACUACAAACACGACUGUGCGGAGUUAUGGAAGAUUAAUGAGGACAUGAAGCAGCAGAUUGCGCUCAUGUCAGUUGAAUCUACGAUUAAGCAGACAGAGCUUCGAGAAAAUGCGCUGUCAGGUCAGACUGUGCUUCAGAGCAAGGUGGCCGAAUUGGAAAAUCAGCUUAAAGAGCUGCAGGAACGACUCAAUCAAAAGAAUCAGGAAAUAGUAGAGCUGCAGACCGAAGGUGAAAGCCGUGUUAUCGCUGAGAGUGAAGGCGAAGCCUUGGAAGAGGAGGAUGAGAAAUUUGUGGUUGUCGAAAGCGAUGGUAGCGUUAUUGGCGUGCUUACUGAGCAGGUUGCCACUGCUCAGCGUGAGCUAACUGAAGCAAUGGAGCUUAACUUGCACUUAAACAACCGCAACGCUUGGCUGGAAGAGCAGUACCAAAUGCUGUCUUCUGUGCAAUCGGAGGGCGAUGACGAUCAGGAAGAUACAGCUCUCUCGACACCUUCACUAGAAGAGCGCAUCGCAGCGCUGGGGCGGGAGCUUCAGGAUGCUGAGCGCGCUGCAAAUGAGAAGGCGGAGCACGUGUCGAACCUGGAGCAGAAUUACAGCGCUCUUUCGACUGAGUUUGAUCGUCUUCUCUCUGCGCACAACACUCUGGUCGAAGUGAAGCAAGCCGACGAUGACGCGUUGAACGAUCUCAGACAGGAGCUAGAGUCCCUUCGCACUUUGAAGGCAAGCGUUUUUGAUAAAGACCAAGCGCUGCUUACAAAGGAGCAAGAGCUGAUCUUACUUCGCACAUCCAAUUCUGCGCUAGUUACUGAAGCUGAACGGUUGGGCGAUGCUGCAAGCCAGCUGCAGCAAACUCGUGAUGAACUAAUACAGACGCAGAACAGCCUUGCUGGAGCAGAAGCGACCAAAUUGGAUCUUGAGCGGGAGUUAGUCGAGUUGAGGAAUAUUUCUGCUGCCACUUCAAAGAGCAAUGAGCACGUAGCUGUGAUCCAGAAUGAGCUCACCCAAGUCCGAUCCGAAAGGGAUUCUCUAGUUGCAGAGCUGACCCGGUCCCAGGCUUUCAUUCACGAGCUGCAACAGAGAGUUCAUGAAUUGAAAGAUCUUGUGAACAAUCACAUUAAUGAGAAGAAGUCACUGGAGCAGCAAGUUGAGAAUUUACAGGAGAUGACACGGGAGAACAUGGAAGGUUCUUACGAACUUCAAGCCAACCUUGAGUCCACUAUGGAGGAGUUGGAGAAUUCGAAAUCCCAAUUGCGUGCUGAGCAGGAGAAGUGUGAAAGGCUACAACACGAAGUGGAGGCAGCCAAGCAGUCGUCUGUCUCCCGCGAUGAGCUGGAUCGUGCCAAGAGUGAAAUUACGAGCAUGGAACAACAAAUCCGUCAAUUUCGCGGUCUAGAACAGUCCCUGACUCAGCAGUUGCAGGAUGUGGUUCGCUCCAAGGAUGAGAUUGCUGCAGAACUGCAGACUGUGUGCUCGAAGCGCGCCGCAGCUGACGAAGAACAAAAGAAACUGAAAACGUUGUACGAACAGGCGACAGCGCAGCUUGCCUCGGUACAGUCUUCGGCAAGCGAGUUGCAACACUCGUAUGAUGAUCUUUCGGACUCAUUGGAGAAAGCUCGUGCUCAGGCGACGCAAGCCGAGCAGCAGCUUAAUACUAUACGUGCGGAGCACGGUGAUGCGCAGAGGCAGGUCGAGUCUUUAACGAAGAAGAAUCUUUUGCUGGUGUCGGAAGUUCAAAGCAUGCGCGAUGAAGCCGACAAUAAGCAACAGGUGGCACACGGUCAGCUCGAGCAGCUCAAGGCGGUGCAUGCUGACGUUCAGCGUCAGCUGGAAGAUGCUACCCGCGCGCUCCAAGGCAAAGACGCCGAGGUUGUUGCAGCAACCCAACGCAGUCAAAGUGAAGUGGCGCGACUCCAGGACCUUGUCAAUCGCUACAAGGCAGACAAGCAGGUUGUGGAGGAGAGGCUGGCUCAGCUCAAUGCAGACUGUGAGCGCCUUCGUCAAGCUUACGAUGAAGCGAAGACAAUAGUAGGCCGCUCUCGACAUGAUCUAGAGCAGAUGCACGCGCAGUUAAGUACAACUCAACAAGAAAAAAAGUCCCUUGAAGCAGAAGUUGGCCAGUUACGCGGUUUGAACGACGAAAAGGUUCAUCUCCUUCACGAAGUGGAUGAAUUGAAACGCGCGAAUCAAAAGCUGGAGGAAACGAACUGCAAGCUGGAAGGAUUACUGCAGAAUUCUAAGGCAUAUUGCAAGGAGCUGUCCCGUGACAGUGAGGACAAGGUCAGCCGUGCACAAGAGUUUACUCGCCACGUGGAGCAGGAAGCACGCGACGAAAUUGACCGCAUCGUGCACGAGAAUACUUUGCUGCGAGAUGAGCUGGAACAACUGGCCCAGGCUCGCUUAGAGGAGACAAACGCACACGACGUGCUUCGCGUGAAGCUUGCUGAGCUUCAGGCUGAAAACAACGUGUUGUCGGCACGUGCUCAUCGUCUGACGCAGCAGCUGUCGCAGUAUACGGAUCUUCCGGAAGAUGACGAGUUGGCUGCGGCGGGUCAAGGACAAACACCCGAUCUGUGGGAGUUGCUAUCUUCAGGCAUGGAACAGCUUAAGGCUGACUUGGAGCUUGCUAGCAAGUACGCGGUCAGCAUUGACGCCAGUAGCGUGGAUGGUGGUAUUGGUGACGAAUCCUUUACGAAUGCAAACUAG